AUGGAUGAAAAGGAAUUUUAGAAUAGAACAUGCUAAUAGCAUUCACAUCAAAUAAUUGCAGUGGAUUUAAAAUUGGCAAAUACAUAAAAUGAAAAAUAUUUAUGUGGCAAAUGUUUGAUUCUGAGGAUAGAAGGGCAACAAAUUCUAUUACUUACCGAGUUAAUUGAAAUGAUCAAAUAGAUGAAGAAUGAUUAGAAGAAGCAGUUCAUGGAAAAUAAUUAGACCUAAUUGAGUUAUAUGAAAUAACUAUAAUAAUCAUUGAAAGAAUGCAAUCAACAUGUUAAAGAAAAAAUAGAAUAAACACAAAAUAAUAUUGAAAUUCAGAUUUAAGAUAGUAAUAAGGACAUAAAAACAAAGGAGGAAGAUUAAGAAGAAGUUGAUCUGGAUAAAGAUAUUGAAUCCGUAUCAUACUAUUACAAUUCUAAUAAAGAAUAUGAAUUACCUUAAAGAGAAUAAAACAUUAAUGCUAUUUCAUAAUUAAUAGAAAAUGUAUAAAAUCAAAUUGGUUCUAUUUCAAACGCUUUUCAAUACUAAAAGAUUUUAGAAUCAUUAUAAAAUAUCAAAACUCAAUUCCAAAUUGAAAUGCCAUCUGAUAAGGACAUCAAGAUUUGUGAACAACAUGGCUUAGAAAUUAUUAUGGUCAAUUUAGAAUAAGGCCAAUAAGAACACAAAAGGAUAGCAUGUUCAAAAUGUAUAUAAGAGUUUUCUCAGAAAUAUACUACCCUUGAUGAUGCAGAUGAAAAUUGGACAAAUUUUAAAAUAAACUCCAAAUAAAUGAUAUCAAAGUAUAGCAAGAAUAGGGAGUCUAAAUUUAAUUAAGCUGUUACAUUUAUUACAAAUUUAAGAGACAAAUAUUAAGGAACAUUGACUGCAAUCAUUAAUGAUUUGGAAACUAACAGAGUAAUCACAGAAAAACAAUUGUCGCCUUUUCCAUUAUAUUAGAAGAAUAUUUAUUAAUUAGACUAAAAUCAAUUACAAGAAAUAUUGGAAGCUCUGAGUUAAAAAGAUCUAUACAGACCAUUAAAAUUAAAGUUAGCACAAUAAGAUUAAUUAGAUUCAAUCUUUUAUCAUAAGCUUAAAGAAACAUUAGAAAAUCUUGUAAAAUACGAUCUCCUAACUAAGGAGUAAAUAAUAAUGAUAGAAAAGAAUUAUGAAGACUUUUUAAUACUAAAUGAAGAUGAAAAAUAGAACGUCUCUAAUUGCAAUGAAAUUAAAUAAUUUUUGGAAAAUACAUCUUUGCUUUAAUCCUAUAUGGCUAUUGUUGAAGAAUCAAUUUAACUAUAUAACAAUUUGUAAAAUUAGGUUGAUAGCUUAAAGGAAAAAGGAGAAUUGACCAAAUUAUUGAAUUAGAAAUAACCCAGAAAGUCAAUUAGGAAGGGUGAACAAACGGAUCAAAUUAAAUAGUCGGAUUUAGAAUCACUAUUUUAAAGAUAAUAUUCAUAAUUUAAUUAAAUUUCAAAGAAGUACAAGGAAUUGUUGAUUUUAUACAAAGAUGAAAAUUUAAUCUCAUAAUUAUAAGGAAGUUUGAAAAAAGAAAUAAAUGUUUAAAACUAAUUAAAAGAGAAAAUAUAAUAAUUAGAAAAUCAAAUUUAAAAUCUUAAGUAGGAUUUUGAAAAACAGAAGUAAUAAUUAGAACAGUCUUUAGCUCAAAAUAAUGAAUCAGAAAAACAAUUAUAAGCAAAGCUUGAAUAAGAAACCUAAAAGCUAGAGCAUCAAAAAAAGAAAUCUGAAGAAUAAGACUAAAAAUUCAUUUAAUAAAUUGAAUUAUUAAAUAAAACAAUAACUGAUGUUAAUGCAUAGAUUAAAAAUAGUUUGCAAUCCAAAGAUCAAUAAAUAAGUUCAAUUUAAUCACAACUUUAAAAUUCUCAAAAUUCAUUAAAUAAGUUAUAAUAAACUUAUAAUGAAGUUAUUAAAGAAACGAAAGCUAAGCCUAGUGUACUAUAAGAUGCUCAUUAUUAGAAGAUAUUAUAAACUAUAGAAGAAAAAUCAAAAUAAGUUAUUAAAUGCUCAAUUCCUGUCUAUUGUGGGUCUAAGGAUGGAUUAAACCAUACCUCAUUUUGGAAUAAAGUAUAUGGCAGAAAGAAUUUAUUAAUGGUUUUUAAAUCAAACACAAAUUAUGUUUGUGGGGCGUUUUCCCCAUGUUAAUGGUUGUAGCACAUAGGUAAUUAUGUUUUAGAUGACACAUUACAGUCGUUCUUAUUUUCCUAAAAUCAUAAUUAGAUUUAUCCUUUAAAAGCAGCUAAUAAAGCGUAUGCAAUCUAUUGUAAUUCAUCAUACGGGCCUACUUUUGGUUCUGCGCACGAUUUAUAUAUACCUUCAAAUUUUAAUAGUGCUACCUCAAAUUUAGGUUCAGCAUAUUAGUGUGAUUAAUAUGGGAGCAUUACAACCUCAACCCAUUUGUUUGGUCAAUCAAGUGUUUAAAUAACUGAAUGCGAAAUAUUCGAAAUAGUAUUUAAAUGA